AUGGGCAAGAAGGCGAACGGCACCGCAACCUCUCAGGACAUAAAGAAACUGCGCAAUCGCUUGUCGCAACAGGCAUUCCGUCGACGCAGGGAUGACCUGAUCCGCGAGCUCCGCGAACGAGCGGAUAACAAUCACACAAACGAGAGCGAAGCUCUGGCUAAAUUGAGACGUGAGAAUACAGCUCUCCGGGAGCAACUCGCGGAAGCGCACGCCAAGCUCAACAGCUUACUCGCCGGCGUCCAAGCUCUGGUUCUCAACACGGCUCCGAGACAUGAAGACGCAAAUGAUGAAGUCUCUAGAACAAACUCCCCUGAUGAUAACAUCUCUGCUUCUCAACCCAUUGUCGACGAUCAGCCCACGUCGGCAGAUCUCCGACCAAUUUCCCAAAAUGAUGCAUCGGAGUAG